AGAAAUACAGCUUUUUUAAAAUACAUUACUGUCGUUGCCAUUCAUGCCUUUCCAUGUAAUUCAUAUGAAUCUCUCUGUUAUAGUCGACUCCUCAGCUCUGGUAGUACUGUAAUUGUGUGACAGUCUCUCUAAUAUUAAACUCAAUGUAUGUGCGAGUAUUGAAUGUGGAUAUACUGUACAACACUCACAACACACACACACACUGUAGGCCUAACUACACAUGAAUUGAGUAUAUUUUCGAUGCAAAUAUCGAUUCAAUAGUGAAGUCAUUGUUUUGUCUUCAAGUCAUUCAUUCAAUCAAUUAAAUGCUGCUUACCUUUGGAUCCAUUGGGGUGACAGUCACCCACAGUGACCACCAAUUGGUGUGAUAACAGUGUUAACACAUCUAAUCAUUUGGUGUGUCUUAUAGUGAAAGUCUGUUAAAGACAUUAUAGUGUAUAUGAAGUGUCGUCUGUGAGUUGAGCCCACACUUUAAGCAAUGCAUCGAUGACUUCAAUACAUCUCUCGUUUGUCUUCACCGGAAGUCAUUGCCAUUGUCUCGACUAAUACACACUUUUAUCUUCACUCAUAAAAUAAACCAAAUCUAAUAGAUAUCUUUGUCAUCGAUAACCAAACCAAUUGACAACAAAAUUUAAUUACCGAUUUGAUUGAUCCGAUUUGAUUGAUUAUCACCGCAAUUGACAUCAAAAUUGAAGACCAAAUGGAGCCCCAGUUUGUCGUUGAAAGAGAUUGCAGUGCAUUGGGUGGUCUCUUCCAGAUAAUCAUCAACGACAUGAAGUCGGGAACUGGAAAUUGGGACGACUUUGUUGUUAAAGCCACCAAAUUUCAGACACAACUCAAAGCAACGAUAGCCGCGUCGACAGCAUUUCUCGAUGCCUUUCAAAAGAUUGCUGAUAUGGCGACCAGUGCUCGAGGUGGCACUAAAGAGAUAGGAACGGCAUUAACUCGUAUAUGCCUUCGUCACCGAUCAGUUGAGGCCAGACUUAAGACAUUUACGAGUGCUAUAAUGGAUUGUCUGAUUUUACCACUUCAAGACAGAAUUGAAGAGUGGAAGAAGACAUGCGGACUGUUAGAUAAAGAGCACUCAAAAGAAUACAAACGUUUGAGACAAGAGUUGAAAAAGAAAACUCUUGACCCCAUAUAUGCCUCAACUUCUAAUACAUUAAGAUUUAAAAAACAUGUGAGAAAUAAGAUGAAAAUGGAUCCAAACAACUGGAAUAGUCUUAACUCAAUGUCCCGAUCCAUGGACUCUAUGGAAGCCAGUGAGAAGUUGUUUAUUUUUGAGGAAAUGGAGAAAAAAGCAGUCCGUCGGGCACUUAUUGAGGAAAGGAGUCGUUUUUGUCUAUUUGUUAACUUUUUGCGUCCUGUUGUUGAAGAGGAGCUGGCAAUGCUUCAGGAGGUAACACAUCUCCAAGAAAUAAUGGACUCACUCUGCAAAUUGACUGCCGAUCCAUAUUCACUACCGACUGCCAGUGAAUUAGUUAUUUCAGAUUUAAGACUCAGUACAUCCGAUACCAUCGCGUUCACACUACAGACACCUCCCAGUAGUCCUUCAUCCUUUGGUUCCCGCAAAUCAAGUAUGUGUUCAAUCAGCAGCUUUAACAGCUCUUCCAGUGGUAGCACUCAUUCACCGUCACAUAACUGCCGAUAUCGUUCCCUCUCUCAGCCAAGUGUAGGACCGGGUCCUGUGUUUCGUCACACUAGUAUAUCUUCACAAGAUUCUGGGUUUAUGUCACAGGACUAUAAUGUUAUACAUUACGCACAGUUACCAUUUAUAUAUACCACUCCCAUGACAUAUGUCAAUCAAUUUAAGAAUAAUGAGGUUUCGAGUCUCUCUGAACAAAGUAGCGGCAGUACUUCGAGCACAUCCAGUAUUCCUGCCUCUAAUAAACGCACCGAUACGAUGGCUAAUAGAUCCCAUAGUAUUAAUGCUUACGAUACAAACCGAUGUCUUUCAAAAUCAUAUGAUUCACAAUCACUUAAAAUAACAAAUGCUUGUGAAGAAAGUGUGGUCCCACUUCUGAACAAUCAAAACAAUUACAGUUCAUCAACACUUGUAUUACAGACACAAAACAAUCAAAGUAUUAGCGCACAGCCAGACCUGCCCUCCAGAAAUAUAACGAUUGAAAAACCAGUACUUCCUAUUAAACCUCAAACAUCUUAUAUAGAUUCAAAUCAAUGUCAGAUAACAACAGAUAUAUCGCAUUAUACAGAAUGUCAACCAAUUUAUGCCAAUUCGAUGGAACUGCUGAACGAUGAAUCAAAUGUCGCCUGUUCUGAGGGAUCUAUUACUCCAACAAAUGCCGAACGAUCUAAUAGUCCUACAUCUGAGAUGUUGCCCCAAAAUAGCAAAAAUUCAUCACUUAGUGCAUCGACAUUAGCUAUUCCCGUGCGUCCAUCGAAACCCCCUCCACCGCCUCCACUUCGCCGAACGUCAACCAUUUCCAAUCCAAAUGCCAUAACAUUGGGAACUUUAAAAAGUGUUGGCCUUAAUACCUAUGAAGAGAUCCAAAAUUUAACGUUAUCUCUACAGAAUCUCAGUGCUAUUGGGACUACAAAUCAUCCCAUUAGUCCCUAUAGUAAUUGUCCUCAAGAGGUUAUAUAUUGUAAUACAUCUCACUUAAUGUCAAACUCUACUUUGCAAACAAAUGCCAAUAAGAAUAGUGAAUAUCGAGCGGCGAAAAGUGUCUUUGAAAGUGUCUCUACACGUGAUCUACAACAACAACAACAACAACAGGCAAUAAUUCAUACGUCAGAAGAAGAUUCAUCGAUGCCAUUACCAGCGCCACCACCCGAAGCUUUUUCAGACAGUGAAACCAAUCAUCACAGUCAUCAUUACAAUAAGAUAACAAACGUUCACCGACAGUUUCUUGAAACUCUUAACACUAAAUUAGGACAAUUCAGUCCCGGAUCACAAGUCAGUCCACGUUUACCUAAAAGACGAAGUAUUUCGCUUUCUCGAGAAGAUGAAUAUAACUCAGAAAGUAAUUCAUCGAAUCGGUCCGCAACUCAAACCAUUCAGCAAACAUUGAUGUCAUUUAUGUCUGGCAAUCAUUCUCGUUGUUCAUCCACUUCCUCCACGUCGUCACGCCUUAGAAGACAAUCCCCAGAAACAGGACGUAAAAAAGGAUCUUUGACUUUGGCUUCUUGUGAUAGAGAGAGUCUAAUGGCUAGUCUUAAUGUAAGAUUAGCUCAAAGACAACAAAAUGAAAUCGCAAAGGCGGCCGCAGCUAAUGCUAUGCAACGAAAACAAUCCGUUCCUUUAGUUAAUGUCAAUCAAAACCAUUAUCCGACACAAAACACAUUUAAUGUUUCAAAUAUAUCACAAUCCAGUCAACAGCAUAACCAAGCAAUCAGUCAAAUGUCUUCACAUCAAAUGCAUCAACUUAUGCAACAACAACAACAACAGUUACAACAACAACAACAGUUACAACAACAACAACAGUCGCAACCACAAUCACAACAACAGAUUUAUGGUCCAGUUCUUCAUCAGCAACAACUUCAGAGAAGAAGCUCACAACCAUCGAUGGGACUCAAGAUAAUCAACACAACAACUAGACAACCAACGUCUGAAAGCUUAUAUGAAAAGCAAAGUACCGGCAGAUCUGCGAUGACACCAAAGACUAGCUGUGAACCGAAUGGACGUCCUUUAAUCGCCCAGACAUCUAGUGGUCAGCACUAUAUGACUGAUGUUUACGUCCGACAAACAACUCCAAUGAUUUCUGAAAACAAUAAUAAUUCUUAUUUAUCUCAAAAUGAAUCCACUAAAGACAUGAAGAGGUUGCCAUCAAAUACUGAAACCUUUGAUAACGCCAUUACCGCUCGUGUAAACUCUUGGUUUAAUUCGGUUCAAUUGCCACAAGAAGUGAAAUUAUAUCGCGAAUCACUAAUGGAUCAAAUAAGGCGAGGCAAGCAAUUACGUAAAGUAUAUUCUCCUAAUGAUAGGUCUGCGCCUAAGUUGACCUAAAAAUGUCGGUUUCAUUAUGUUUUUUAGUGUUCAAACAAAAUACAAAUCAAUAAUAAUUAAUGCAUUAAUUAGUUAUAUUUAAAACCUACUAAUACUCCAUUUAACAUAUCACACUUCAUAUCUAUAUAAAUAUUGAAAAAAGUGGAUUAAAUAUUUGACAAAUUGCCUUCAAUUUUGCUAUUUUUAACAUAAAUUUU